AGUAGCGGGUGGCGGGGACAGAAAAACAAAAAAAAUAUGUAAAAAAUAUGAAUGAGGGGAAGGGGAUGGAAGAGGGGAGGGGAAAAAGGGGUGAAGGGGAAAGGAAGGGACAGCCAGCGAAGGGGAGGCAGUAUCUUGUCACCGAGCAUCGCCUGAGGAAGCUGCCACUCAUUCCUCACCUGUAAUUUUUCACCACGAGAGACGAGAGUGACCUACAGGGGCCCCAGUAGGAGGUAGGCACUGUGCCCUGUCAGGUGCCAUGGGAGGGGCGGAGGGGCACAGUAGAUGUAGCCAGAUGCCUUCUCGCCCACAAACACACCGACAGAAGGUUCCUUCAGAAACUCUGCAAGCUCCAGACUUUCCCGUCGCCGAGCAGUCCUCUCCUGACGCUGGCAGAUUCCUGGUGGCACAGCGGCCGAUGUCACCGGGGGAGCUGCUGGUGUAUGAGUCGCCCGUGGCGCUGGGGCCACGCGCUGCCUGCCACCUGGUGUGUUUGGGCUGCCACGAACUAAUAAGUGAUGAGGCGGUGCCGCGGUGUGAGCGGUGCUGGUGGCCGCUGUGUUCACAGCGAUGCUCCUCCAGCCUCCGCCACGCCGAAGAGUGCCCCGUGCUGGCCGCCGACAGCCAGAGGACCGGACAGCCCCAGUUCUUCGGCUACAGUUCACGGUACGACAUCAUCCUGGUGGUGCGGUGUCUCCUGCUGCGAAAGACAAACCCUGACGCGUGGCGCCACCUGCUGGACCUGGCCAGUCACGUGCCCUAUCGCUUGCUGGAGGACGACGACGACCACCAGAUCACUGUCGACUACGUGACACAGGUGCUCAAGGUGGAGGAGGACGCCCAGGUGGUGCACCACGUGCGUGACGCCAUCACCACCAACAGUUUCGAGUGGACAAGUCCCUCCGGGGUGAGGCUACGGGGCCUGUACCUGCAGCUGGCGCGCCUCAACCACUCCUGCCGCCCAUCCGUCUCCGUGUCGUCUGACGGUAAAGGCACCAUGUUUGUGCGUGCGGCUCGUGACCUGGCGGGCGGCGACGCCCUUACGGUGGCGUACACGUCCACCCUCCACCCCUUAUGGGAGCGCCGCGCCUACACCAAGCAAACACACUACUUCACCUGUGAUUGUGAAAGGUGCAGUGACCCCACGGAGCUGGGCGUGCACUACUCGUCGCUGCCGUGCCCUGAGUGCCGCGACCAGUUCCUAGAGCCCACCACCUGGCUGGGAGACGCAACCUGGGAGUGCCCCGUGUGCGGCAGGCGGCAGGAAGAGGCGGCCAUCAGGGACGAGGUGGACCGCUGGAUGAGCCGCUUUGAUUACGACGACACCUUCAUCAAGAGCUCCCCGACGGCCGUGCGGGGCAUCCUGGACGGCGUGCAGAUGGCAUUCCACGCCCAUCACUACGUGUGGGUCAUGGCGGCGCAGGCGGCCCUCAGGACGCUCGCGCCGGACCACUCCCGUAAGGCCAUGACACUCAAGCGGCAGCUGUGGCAGAGACUCCUGCACAUCUACAGCGUCCUGGAGCCGGGCAUGACCAGGAGACGAGGUGUGACGCUCUACCACUUGGGCACCGUCGAGGCGGACCUGACGCGGAUUGAGAAGAGGGAAGGGACGCUCACUGACCACUUCUUCAGGCAGGAGCUCCACCGCGCACUCCAGCACCUUCAGGAGGCCGCCGAUAUCAUGAACCUGGAGCCUUCAGGAUCACACGAACUCAACUGGCUCAGGAAGAUUCAAGUUGCCAUCAAUGUGGUCGCCGAGGAGUUAGGUGAAGAGCCUCCAGUCUACAUCAGUCUUCCCUCGGAGGAGAAAAACGGGGAGGCAACACCAAUGGAAAAGAAUGGCCAUGCUUCCCCCAACCCUCGUGUCCCUCUCCACCGCCAAACAACUGUGAAUGACAAAACAAAAAAGUUGUCGGGUCGGUGCACACAGGCACAGCGGGUCGGCAAUGUCAUCUGCCAGCGGUUAUUGGCACUGAGCAAGUAUUUUAGUGUCAGAAAGCCGCUGGGACCACCUCCCGGCGACCACACCACCGCUGCACACACGGAGGCAGCACACGCGCCUCACGCCGGGGUGAAGUUGUAG